AUGGAGUCGACCCCUUCUGGUCCGUCGCCAGACGCUCCCGCAGAUGACACCCCUCACACCCCUCCUGCGGAGAUCGACCUCCACCCAUCAUCGUCUGAGAUACCCUCCACCGACUCUCAAGGUCGCGACCGCAGUACAACCCCCGAGGAACGACCGCCGCCCUUGCCCCCGCGCCCAACCACCUUGACUCUGCUGGAUGACGGGGGCGCGCCUCCCCGAACACCAAACCCCAGCCAGCCAGCGCUCCAGUCUCGAGCUACGACAGCCGUGUCCCUCACCGAUAUUGCAUCACAGGAUGCGGGGAAGGAGAGCUACACGGUGCGCAGCCUGCCCGGGACGCUGAAGGCGAGGGCGAGCCUCAGCCACUUGACUAGCGCAAGGGGGAGUGAGGCCGGCGACACGGCAAGCAUCAGGAGCUCUGUGCCUCACGGGGAUGUCGGCGACGUGGAGAAUGUCUUCGGGGACUUCUUAUCAACAGAGUCCGGUCUUAUUCGUCAGCAUAGUUCGACUGGUCUCUUGCAAUUCCCGGAGUUCCAGGCGGAUGACGUGGAGGACGAUUUCGCAAGCGAAUUUGAGCCAGUCGGGGAAAUUGGGGAGGAUGGAGACCAGGAGGAGAUGGUUCUAGAGAAAUGGAAGGCGAAACGGAAACAUUAUCUUAUCCUCUCGGCUGCUGGGAAGCCCAUCUGGACACGGCAUGGCGAUGGGGGACUGAUAUCGACGUACGUGGGCGUCAUUCAAACCAUCAUAUCGUUCUACGAGGACUCCAAAGACCAGCUCCGCAGCUUCUCCGCCGGCGACACCAAGUUCGUAAUCGUGAGCAAGGGGCCGUUAUACCUCGUGGCAAUCAGUCGAUUCCUGGAAAGCGAUACUCAGCUCAAGCUCCAGCUGGAGGCCCUAUAUAUGCAAAUCCUGUCUACUUUGACCCUUCCGUCGCUGACCCAUCUCUUCUCCGUACGUCCUUCUACCGAUCUGAAGCGGCCACUCCAAGGGUCCGAGACCCUCCUAUCCACGUUGGCCGACAGCUUUACGAGGGGUUCGCCGCCCACUCUACUUUCAGCCUUGGAGUGUCUCAAGAUCCGCAAGUCCCAUCGACAAACGAUCAACAAUACUCUUAUGAAGACUAGAGUUAGCAGCCUGCUUUACGGCUUGGUAGUCGCGGGUGGUCGGCUCGUCAACGUUGUGCGACCCAAAAAGCAUUCAUUGCACCCCGGUGACCUGCAACUCUUAUUCAACAUGGUCUUCGAAGCAGAAGCGGUUAAGGCCGGCGGUGGCGAAAGCUGGAUCCCGGUAUGUCUGCCCGGAUUCAACAGUAGCGGGUAUCUCUACAUGUAUGUCAGCUUCCUCGACUUGCGGGAGGAUGCGGGCAGUGCUGCGGACGACUCAACUACCAAAGAAGAGUCCGUGGCGAUUGUUAUGAUAAGCGCGAACAAAGAGAGCUUUUUCGAACUUCAAGGGAUGCGAGACGCAUUUGUCGAGCAAUUGGAAAAAAACGGCAGCCUCAAGAUCAUCAAAGACGCCGUUGACAAAGGCCGGCCAAAGACUACGGACAUCGUCCCGGGGACCGUCUUGCACCAUUUCCUGUACAAGUCGCGUGCCAACGUACAGUUCACGAUGUCUUCAUGGGACCCAGACUUUUCAACAGUCUCCCGACGCCGAAGACUCAUGUCCACGUACAACAAUCUCCACGCGAGUAUCCACGCCAAGCACACUCAUGUCAAAAUCCACCACUGCGUCUCUCAAUCAUCCAGCUCCUUCGCGUGGGUGACGCCCAUAUUCGAGUUCUACUGUGUGGCGGGCGCGAAUGCGAACCGCAACGCGCUUGCCCAGAGCGCAAGUAAGAUAAUCGAGUGGGUGCACAAAGAGGAGGAGAGAUUGUUCAUUAUUGGUGGCGCGGUGAGUUCUGUCGCUAUCUGUCUGCAUUUGGUCGAUGUGCUAAUUUGUCGUCGGAUAGGUUUUUUGAGCGAACUUUUUUUUCUCAUUUAUAUAUGA